GGUCAGGAGCGGAGCAUCGUCUCUGGCCCGGGCCGGCGCGGGAGGGCUGUGUGAUGGCCUCGGAGCGCCCGGAGCCGGAGGUGGAAGAAGCCGGGCAGGUGUUCCUGUUGAUGAAAAAGGAUUAUCGAAUCUCCCGAAAUGUUCGCCUGGCUUGGUUCCUCAAUCACCUGCACCAGACUGUGCAGGCCACACCCCAAGAGAUGCUGCUUCAGUCUGAGCAGGAGCUGGAAGUCCUCAGCGUCCUGCCUCCUGGGUGGCAGCCAGAUGAGCCGGUGGUCCCCAGGCCCUUCCUCCUUGUACCAUCCACCCGGGUCACCUUCCUGGCCUGGCAGUAUCGGUUUGUCAUUGAGCUGGACCUCAGCCCAUCUACUGGCAUUGUGGAUGAUUCCACAGGGGAGAUCUUGUUUGAUGAAGUUUUCCAUGCCCUCUCCCGCUGCCUAGGCGGGCUGCUCCGGCCCUUCCGAGUGCCUGGAUCUUGUAUCGACUUCCAGCCUGAGAUCUACGUCACUAUCCAGGCCUACUCCUCCAUCAUUGGCCUGCAGUCCCAUCAGGUGCUGGUGCAGGGCUGCCUUUUGGACCCUUCCCAGCGGGAGGUGUUCUUGCAACAGGUGUACGCGCAGCUCUGUCUCUUUGAAGAUAAGGUGGCCACCAUGCUACAGCAGCAGUAUGACCCCCAGAGCCAGGCAGAGGACCAGUCCCCAGACUCAGGGGAGCCCUCAGGCCGGAAAGUGGGCGUUUCCAUGGUGACAGCUGAUCUUGGACUGGUCAGUAUGAUUCGUCAGGGCAUCCUGGCGCUGCAGCUGCUGCCCUCCAACUCCAGUGCAGGUAUCAUUGUAAUCACGGAUGGAGUGACCAGUGUCCCUGAUGUUGCUGUUUGUGAGACGCUGCUGAAUCAGCUUCGCAGUGGCACUGUGGCCUGUUCUUUUGUGCAGGUGGGAGGAGUUUACUCUUAUGACUGCAGUUUUGGCCACGUACCCAACGUGGAAUUGAUGAAGUUUAUCGCCAUGGCAACAUUCGGCUCCUACCUGUCCACUUGUCCUGAUCCCGAACCAGGCAACAUGGGUCUGACUGUCUACCACCGGGCAUUUCUCCUCUACUCCUUCCUGCGCAGCGGGGAAGCCCUGAACCCUGAAUAUUACUGCGGCUCUCAGCACCGCCUGUUUAAUGAGCAUCUGGUCUCCGCAAGCAGCAACCCUGCCUUGGCCCUGCGUCGGAAAAAGCACACUGAGAAGGAGGUGCCAGCUGACUUGGUCAGCACCGUGUCUGUGCGGCUUCGAGAGGGCUACAGUGUCCGAGAGGUCACACUGGCCAAAGGCGGGUCCCAGCUGGAGGUGAAGCUGGUGCUGCUGUGGAAACACAACAUGCGCAUUGAGUACGUGGCUACUGCACCCUGGCCCCUGGAGCCUGAGGGCCCUCGAGGCACCCGGGUGGAAGUGACAAUGGAAGGCGGUUAUGACAUCCUGCAUGAUGUGUCCUGUGCGCUGAGACAGCCCAUUCGCUCACUGUAUCGGACCCACGUUAUCCGGCGGUUCUGGAACACGCUGCAGAGCAUUAACCAGACGGACCAGAUGCUUGCCCACCUGCAGUCCUUCUCCUCCGUCCCAGAACACUUCACGCUGCCCGACAGCACCAAGAGCGGAGUGCCUCUCUUCUACAUCCCACCCGGCUCCACCACCCCGGUGCUCUCGCUUCAGCAGAGUGGCUCCGACUCCUCCCAUGCCCAGUUUGCUGCCUAUUGGAAGCCGGUGCUGUCCAUGGAUGCUAACUCGUGGCAGCGCUGGCUACACAUGCACCGCCUGGUGCUCAUCCUGGAGCAUGACACGCCAAUCCCCAAGCACUUGCACACCCCCGGCAGCAACGGCCGCUACAGCACCGUCCAGUGCAGGAUCUCGCACUCCUCGCUGACCUCCCUGCUCCGUGACUGGAGCAGCUUCGUGCUAGUUGAGGGCUAUUCCUACGUGAAGCUGCUCUCCAGUGCCCCAGACCAGCCCCCCUCCUCCUUCUACAUGGUCCGCAUCAUCUCCAAGGCCCCGUGUAUGGUGCUCCGCCUGGGUUUCCCCAUCGGCACGCCAGCACAGGCUCGGCACAAGAUUGUGUCGGACUUGCGGGAAGAAAUCCUGCGCCUGCGUUUCCCCCACCGGGUUCAAAGCAAGGAGCCGACUCCCAAGGUGAAACGAAAAGGGCUGGGGGGCACCGGUGGGGGCAGCUCUCCCUCCAAGUCCCCGCCAACGCUGGGGCCACAGCAGGCCCUGUCUGACCGGCCCUGCCUUGUGGUCCUGCAUAAGCCACUGGACAAGCUCCUCAUCAGGUAUGAGAAGCUGCCCCUGGACUACCGGGCACCCUUCUUGCUGACCCUGGAGCCACCGGGGCCGCUGCCCUUGGUGUCGGGCCGCUCAGCCUCUUCUAGCCUGGCAUCACUGUCCCGCUACCUGUACCACCAGCGCUGGCUCUGGAGCGUCCCGUCAGGACUGGCCCCUGCGCUGCCGCUCAGCGCCAUUGCCCAGCUCCUCUCCAUCCUCACUGAAGUCCGGCUUUCGGAAGGGUUCCACUUCGCCUGCAGUGGGGAAGGCAUCAUCACCAUGGUCCUGGAGCUCCCGAUUCAGAACGAGCCCCCGGGGCAAGCUGCGGCCGAGGAGAGGCACACGUGCGUGGUCCAGUACAUCCUCUUCCCACCUCAUUCAACCUCCACUAAGGACAGCUUCUCAACAGAUGAUGACAACGAUGUGGAGGUGGAGGCCCUGGAGGGGGACUCAGAGCUCAACCUGGUCACCGAGGUGUGGGUGGAGCCCCAGUAUGGACGGGUGGGACCCGGCCCUGAGAGCUGGAGGCACCUCCAGGACCUGACGUACUGUGAGAUCCCUCGAGCUCUCCACCCUCGGGAUGCUGCCUGCAUAGGCUCCAUGCUGAGCUUUGAAUACCUGAUACAACUCUGCCAGAGCAAGGAGUGGGGUCCCCUGCCCCCGGAGCCAAGGGUCUCUGCCGGUCAGUGGGGAGGGGCCCCUGGGCAGGAGCAGAGGAGGAGUGGGGAGAAGUCAGCUGCAGACGGGGACUCCAGGCCUCCCCGCGCUAUUGUCUCCCCCCUACCCACCACCCUCCCAGGGAUGGACCAGGGAAGAGACGCCUGUGUCCACGAGAUCCCUUUCCGUUUUGACCUCAUGGGACUGCUGCCUCAGUGCCAGCAGCUCCAGAUGUUCUUCCUCCUGCUUUCCAGAGAGCCAGAGGGCAUCCCUCCUGCCGAGGGACCCUGUCCCGCCAAUGACAUGGUGCUGUGCCUGCUGCAUGGCUGCCUGGGCCAGGAGCUGAGUGACCGGGAGCUCCCGCUGCCUGCCGCCGACCAGGCCACCUUCCUGCGCGAGGUGCUUCGGCGGACCUGCCACAGUCCAGGUCCAGAGGGGCCAGCAGAGGGGGACCCUGGGAUCCUAAAGGAUCAAGCAGGCAGCAGCGCCCAGGCCAUCGGAGACGCCGGUCUUGCCACCCCGAGUCCAGGCCCUCCUGAAACUCUCGGGCCUGUCAGCUCUGCCCAGCCCCCUCAGUGGCGCUGCUAUGCAAGGCUUGUGACCCCCCAGCAUGUUUUCCUGACUUUCCUCCCCGCAACCUUCUCAGAUGUCCUACAUCUGGCUUCAUAUGGCCUGGAGGGACCCUCUCAAGAGGAGACGAGAACUAAGCUUGGGGAUUGGAAUGGGGCCCCCAGCCUGAAAGAUCUGGCAGUAACUGGGGACACGGUGACAAAGUCCCAGGUCCCCAUCCUCAGUGUCACCCCAGCCAGUGACAGUGCCCAGAAUCCAGGAGAGCUGAGCCCACCCUUCCGUCAGGACCUACCAGCUUACCCUGGGCGCCAGGCUUCACAGACAGAGGGUGCAGAUGGGCCCCGGACUCGGUGUCCUGUCUACAUCUAUAGCUGUUCUCUGGAAGCAUUGAGGGAGCAGAUGGUUGGUGUGCAGCCCCCUCAGGCACCCCGAGAUCUCGUCUUCCGGACUCAGUUCCUUGACCAGCCUUCCCUCUCCUCAGCCUGGAUGGAGCCCAGGCACAAAGAGGCAGCCAACCACUGUGCCUUGCUACAGGAGCAUGCACAGCGAUGCUACGUCCGCGGGCUGUUCCGGAGCUUGCAGCAAGCACAGAGCGUGACCUCGCAGGACCUGCUAAUAGCAGUGGAUGCCUGUGAGGAGCUACUGCAGGAAAUAGACAUCACUCCUUUUCUGCUCGCACUGUGUGGCCACACUCGGGGUUUGCCUCAUGCACCCCCAAGCCCUGGUCCUCUCAGCCCAGGGCUGUUCAGCAGCAGCAUGGAGGAGGGCCCCGAGCCUCGGGAACGAGCUGUCCUGGCUUCUGAGUCCAGCAUAGAGACCGAGGACCUCAGCGAGCCUGAGUUUCAGAGCACCCGUGUCCCUGGCCAUCCAGACCCAGGCCUGGAGAUCUCUCUAACAGAUAUCUGUCAGCUCAGAGGAGAGGCCCAUGAUGCCCUUCACAGCCUCAUACAGGAGAAGUUUCUGGAGAUCAGCAGUCUCCAUUUCCGCACGGUGCCCUCCAAUCCCCACUACUUCUUCUAUUGCCCUCCAUCCAGCAGGCGUGAGGAUGAGGGCCCCCGGGACAUGGUCGACAGAAAAGUCAGUGACUUGGAGUUUUCAGAGGCUGAGCUCAUGGGAGAGGAAGGAGACGCAUCUGCCUGCUGCGUGGUCACCGAGAGUGACCCGGAGCUGGAGGUGGAGUACCGCGAGAGCCGUGAACCAGAGCUGGGGCCUGCUGGGCUGGACUCUGCCUCACUGUCAGAUGCAGACACCGUGAACCCCGAUGAGGACUCCUUCAGUAUCCUGGGGGGCGACUCCCCCACGGGGCCCGAGAGCCUGGCACAUGACCUGCCGCCACUCUUCCUGCACCUCACGUGCUCCGUGCGGCUGCGUGGCCAGCACAGCUCAGUGCCUGUGUGCAGCCUGCCCACCUGCCUAGGCCAGGUGCUUUCUAGCCUGGAGGGCCCCCCCAUCGGAGGCCGAGUUCCUCUGCGGGACCUCAGUGUCACCCUGGACGUCUUUGUGCUGACCUUGCCCCUGGAAGUGGAGCUCCCCCCGACCUCAGAUCCUCAGCACCACCGCUCAACAUCUGAAAGCAGUGCGUCCUUCCCACGGUCCCCAGGGCAGCCAUCCGAUGAUGGGCUGGGGCCUCCACUGCCGCCUCCAGGAGAAGACAGGCACCCAGGACUGUCUAAUUUGGCCACACCCCACAGACUGGCUGUUGAAACCACCAUGAGUGAGAUCCGCUGGCUGCUGGAGGAUGAGAUGGUGGGGGCGCUGCGAAGAGGGGGCAUCCCCCAGAGCCCAGCCCUGCACCGCGCAGCCGCGCACAUCCACAGCUCCCCCGGACGCUCCACCUGCCUGCGCCAGACGCUGCCGCUGAGUUUUGUGUUUGGGCCAGAGCGUUCUCUCACACAGUUUAAGGAGGAGUUCCGCCGCCUCCACCUCCCUGGUUAUGUUCUUCUUGAGGACCCUGACAGUGGCUUCUUCUUUGUGGCAGUGGGCCAACAGCCAGGUGGGUCCCACGGGGAGCCCCCUUCCCCAGCCUGGGCUUGGCACAGCCAGGAGGACAAGGCUGAAGGCCUCGAAGGGGAGGCCCUGACAACCAGCCCCCAAGCCCCUGGCUCCCCAGAGGAUCCUCAGAGCCCCCUGCUCAUCAGUCUGCCCAACCUGCCCCAGGGAGGGAGCCAGCCUGGGCCCAGCCGGGGACUCAGUCUCAUGUCCAGUCAGGGCAGUGUGGACUCGGACCACCUAGGUUAUGAUGGUGGCAGCAGUGGCUCAGACAGUGAGGGUCCCAGUGAGACCCCAGGUGAGAAGCCCCCCUUCAUGUUGCGGACCCCUCCCGGGCCGGCACCUCCACAGCCUUCCCUCAUAGGCCUCCCUGGACCCUGCCUGCCUGACUUCUGGCUCAUCAUCCGGGUGCUGCAGGACCGUGUGGAAGUGUAUGCACAUGCGAGGAGCCUAAUUCGGGAGGAUGGGGGCCCAGGCACCGAGUGUCGCCACCUGCAGCAGCUCCUGGUGAGGCGAGUUGGGGAGAUCUGCAGGGAGGUCAACCAGCGGCUGCUGCUUCAGGACCUGCAUGACAGUCACGUGUGCAACUCUCUUCUGGUGGCUGAGAGCGAAGAAGAUCUGUGGCGUAGCGAGACCCCUUUCCACUCCCGUCAGCGAGUACCACUGCCCAGCGAUGAUUAUGCUGCCGAUGAGAGCUGUGGGCCCCGAGGGUACCUGGCCGCCACAAUGCAGUUUGUCCCUGGCCAUUUCUCCUGUGACGUCGUCUGGGGAACCGUGAUUCGAGUCCACUCACGCCUCAAAAUGGGACCCAGCAUGGGCGUCUCUCGGGCCAUCCAGGCACUACGCUCUGUGCUUAAUGCCUUCUCUGUUGUGAACCGGAAGAACAUGUUUGUUUAUCAGGAGCGAGCAACAAAAGCUGUGUACUAUCUGCGGCUCCUGGAGACGUCCUGCAGUGAGCGGCCGUGGGACAGUGACGCCCUGCCCCCAUCCCUUGCUCUGUCCCGAAGCCAGGAGCCCAUCGGUUCUGAGGAAGCCUCGGGUCCCCGUUCUCCCCUGGACAUGGCAUCCAGCCGCAGUUCUGACGCUGCUCGUCCCGUGGGCCAAGUGGACAGACAUAUCCAGCUGCUGGUGCAUGGCGUGGGGCAGGCAGGUCCUGAGAUCACAGAUGAGCUCGUGCGGGUUCUGCGUCGGCGCCUGGAUGAGGCCACACUAGACGUCAUCACAGUCAUGCUCGUGCGGAACUGCAAGCUGACGCCAGCUGACGUGGAGUUCAUCCAGCCCCCAGGGAGUCUGCCCUCGGAGGUGCUGCACCUGGCACUGCCACCCUCCUGCCGGCCCUGGCUUCCCGCCCUGGCCUGGUACCUGCGGCAGAACCUGCUCAUCUUCCUGCACUCCCCCAAGUACACCGACAGCAACAGCCGGAACCACUUCCAGCAUCCACUCCCACCACAGGGUGGCCUCCCCGACUUGGACAUCUACUUGUACAACAAGCCUGGAGGACAGGGUACUGGGGGCAAAGGGGUUGCCUGCAUCACUCUAGCUUUUGUGGAUGAGGAGGGAGCCCCCAUCUCACUGGCAUCAUGGCCCCCCUCUUCUCCGGGGCCCCCAGACCCACUGCAGGAGGAGGAGUUCGAGCAGCUGACUCAAGUCACUCGCUGCCCAGUCCUGCCGGACAGUUCUUCAGCUCCAAGCGGGUCCCCACGGCUUCGAUUAGAUGUGUGGGAAAAGGGGAACAUAAGCAUUGUGCAGCUGGAGGAGAAGCUCCGAACAGCAGCUCGCCAGGCCCUGGCAGAUGCCAUCAUGGAGCUCUGGCUGCUGCCAGCGCCACUGUGUACAGAGGAUACAUCUACAGGAAGUCUCAGGAGUGGGUCACUGGAUACCAAGAGCCCUGCAGGCCGAGCCAGCACCUUUCCCCCCAGCCCUGGCCCUGGCGAACCUGUGACUCCCCCCAGCAAAGCUGGCCGGCGUAGCUUCUGGGACAUGCUGAGUAAAACAGAAUGUGGGGACUUGGGUUCCCCCAAAACAACUGACGACAUUGUCCUGGAUCGGCCAGAAGACACUCGGGGUCGAAGGCGUCACAAAACGGAAAGCGUUCGGACUCCAGGUGGGACUGAGCGGGCAGCGGGCCCAGAGUCUGGGGCCCAGAGACAAAGACGGAGGACCACACAGCUGGAAGAGGGCGAGGCGGGCACCCUGCAGCCUGUGCUUGCUCGUGUUGCUCAGCGCUGGAUGGAGUUCAUGGUUCAGAUCGGAUGCGCCUCGGUGUCCAGGAGCUCCACUCACAUGGUGUCCCGCUUCCUCCUCCCAUCCGUCCUGUCUGAGUUCACCACUCUGGUCACCUCGAUGGCUGGCGACACCAGUGUCCGCAUCUUUGAGCAGCAUUUGACUCCUGAGCCAGAGCUCUUCAGUCCUUGUUCCCUUGGACAGCUGGGCCCACCGCCCCGCCCGGCAACUGAGCGGCACCUGCUGCUUCUGGGCAGGAACUUCUCACAGUGGAGGAGGCCCACCCAGCAGGGUGAGGCCACAGCCUGCAGUGGGGGUGGGGGUCUCAGAGGGACUGAUCCUGUAACCUCUGACCCUGUGGGGGGCAGUGAGGGAUUGAGAGGGAUCAGUCCCAAGACCUUCAUUUUGCCCCUUGACCCCAUAGCUGCCAAAGCCGUGCAGCGCUUUGAGCCGGGAGGUGACGGGAGCGUGGGGCGAAAUGCUCCCCGGCAGAGGUUCUUGCUGCUGGAGGUCGUGGACAAAAAGCUCCAGCUGCUGACCUACAACUGGGCUCCAGACCUGGGGGCGGCCCUGGGCCGAGCUCUGGUUCGCCUCGUGCAGUGGCAGAACGCGCGCGCCCAUCUCAUCUUCUGCCUCCUCAGCCAGAAGCUGGGGCUCUUCCACCACUACGGCCAGCUGGACUUCCCAGUGCGGGACGAAAAGGAGCCAAACCCAUUCCUGCUGCCGACCAUGGAAGCAGAGACCCUCAUCCGGAGUGCAAGCCCCCCCCUGAGCCGUGAGCAGGGCCGGCUGAGUGGGUCCUCGCGGGGCGGGGGCCCCCUUCCCCUGGACACGUUCCCCUUCGAUGAGGCCCUGAGGGAUAUCACGGCCACCCGCCCCAGCUCCUCCCUCGGCCCUGUGCCCAGACCACCCGAUCCCGUCACCUACCACGGACAACAGUUCCUGGAGAUCAAGAUGGCAGAGCGCAGAGAGCUGGAGCGCCAGAUGAAGAUGGAGAACCUGUUUGUCACGUGGCAGCAGCGCUCCGCCCCAGCCAGCAUGCCCAUCAGUGCCGGGGAGCUGGAGACCCUGAAACAGUCGUCCCGCCUGGUGCAUUACUGUGCAACAGCCCUGCUCUUCGACCCUGCAGCCUGGCUGCAUGGGCCCCCAGAGACUUCGGGGCCCCCGGAGGGACAGCGGCGCCAUCGCCCUGAGUCAGCCUCGGGAAGCCGAGAAUCCCCCGCCAGCUGCGACUCCUCGGAUGGGCCUCCGCUGGGUGCUCGGGAGGAGCCUUGGUUGAAGGAGCUGAGCUUGGCCUUCCUGCAGCAGUACGUGCAGUAUCUGCAGAGCAUGGGCUUUGUGCUGGUGCCGCUGCGGCCCCCCUCGCCUGCCCGCAGCACCAGUCGGCUUCGGGCUAUGGCUAUCCUUGGAACAGAAGGACGGGGGUCCUUUUCCUGCCCGAAAACCAAGGCUGAAGGGAGCCCCAAGAGCACGGGCUCUUCAGUCACCACAUACCACCUGCAGCGGGCACUGCCUGGGGGCAUCAUCCUCAUGGAGCUGGCUUUUCAGGGCUGUUAUUUCUGUGUUAAACAGUUUGCUCUGGAAUGUUCCCGAAUCCCCAUGGGGCAGGCUGUCAACUCUCAGCUCUCCAUGCUGUUCACAGAGGAGUGCGACAGGGUGCGGGAUCUGAUGCACGUGCACUCAUUCAGCUACGACUUCCACCUGCGCCUCGUGCAUCAGCACGUGCUGGGCGCCCACUUGGUGCUACGGCACGGCUACCACCUGACCACCUUCCUGCGACACUUCCUGGCCCACCACCCUGAUGGGCCCCACUUCGGCCGCAACCACAUUUACCAAGGGACCCUGGAGCUCCCCACCCCGCUCAUCGCUGCCCACCAGCUGUACAACUAUGUGGCCGACCACGCCAGCUCCUACCACAUGAAGCCGCUCCGGAUGGCCCGGCCAGGAGGCCCGGAGCACAACGAGUACGCCCUGGUGUCGGCGUGGCACAGCUCUGGCUCCUACCUCGACUCUGAGGGACUUCGUCACCAGGACGACUUCGACGUGUCUCUGCUUGUCUGUCACUGCGCUGCACCCUUCGAGGAGCAGGGAGAGGCCGAGCGACAUGUUCUUCGGCUGCAGUUCUUCGUGGUGCUCACCAGCCAACGAGAGCUGUUCCCCAGACUCACUGCGGACAUGCGCCGGCUCCGGAAGCCUCCCAGACUGACGCCUGAGCCAGAGGCCCCUGGGAGCUCAGCCAGUAGCCCUGGGGAGGCCUCCGGGGCCGGUUUGGCCCCCGGACCAGCUCCCCUCUUCCCCCCACUGGCUGCAGAGGUGGGUGUGGCACGGGCACGGCUGGCUCAGCUGGUUCGGCUGGCUGGAGGGCACUGCCGGCGGGACACCCUUUGGAAGCGCCUCUUCUUGCUGGAACCACCAGGACCUGAUCGGCUGAGGCUAGGGGGGCGCCUGGCCCUGGCCGAGCUGGAGGAGCUCCUAGAAGCAGUCCAUGCCAAAUCCAUUGGGGACAUUGAUCCGCAGCUGGACUGCUUCCUGUCUAUGACAGUCUCCUGGUACCAGAGCCUGAUCAAGGUUCUCCUGAGCCGCUUUCCCCAGAGCUGUCGCCAUUUCCAGAGCCCAGACUUGGGAACUCAGUACCUGGUUGUGCUGAAUCAGAAGUUCACGGACUGUUUUGUGCUAGUGUUUCUGGACUCCCACUUGGGAAAGACGUCUCUGACGGUGGUUUUCCGAGAGCCCUUCCCCGUGCAGCCCCAGGACAGCGAGAGCCCCCCCGCCCAGCUGGUCUCCACCUACCACCACCUGGAGUCUGUCAUCAAUACAGCCUGCUUCACCCUCUGGACCCGCCUCCUCUGAGGGACAGGUCACUGAAUGUCCUCGAAUCAUGGCUCUGGAAGGUUGCCCACUUGAAAUCUUAGACCAGCCCUUCCAGGUCCCUGGGCAAGAUUGGACACUGAGGGAUGUCAGAGGUCAUGUGAAUGUGUCUUGAGGGCCUGGUAGCAGGAGCUACGCUCCUUAAACACUUGCUGCCAGUGAGCAGCGCAGAGCUCCAGAGGGUCCGCUCACCUCCUGAGGUGCCCAUGUCCUCUAAGGUCCCCGGGCCCUUCCAGAAGGAGACUCCUCUUUUCUGCUCACCUGGCUGAGUCUGGGAAUUCUUCAUAUCAGGUGGCAGGUAGACCCCUUAGAGCUGCUCUGCCUGAAUCCUGUCUGACACCCACCUCCCCCACCCCCAUCAUGAGCCCUCUGGUCAUCAGUUCCCACUGGAACGUCACUGCCAGACAACUGCCAUUGAGAUAAGACACCUCCGUUCGAAUCCCAGCUCUGCCUCUGGAGCAGCUGUGGCCAUGGGCAAGUCCCUUGGCCGUCGUACCCUUGGUUUGUCUGUACACAAGGAACACACACACAGCAACCCGGCAGACUGGAGGACCUGAACGUGAGCUGUAUGGCCCUUCUCUGCAGGAGGGAAACGACCCAAAGAAACUGAAAAGUCAGACACUGUGUGUCCUCCCCCCGCCUCCAAUAACACACAAACGUGGAAACGUU